AUGAGUAGGAUUAUUUCAAAUUCCUCAGCCAAUUUUGAUCGCAUCUCUAAGCUCUCUGAAAAGCUUAACAAUAUCAGCCAAUACCCGCAGCCUGAAAAAGGAGGUCGUUUAGAAGAUUUAGAAAGAAAAUACCAAAGUAUCGAAGAAAAACUCUACGAAAUCCAAGAAACAAACUCCAAAAAAUUCGCAAGUCUCCGUGAGCAAACAGUCAAAAUCCAAAAAAUUCUUGAAGAAGAAGUGUCAGUUAGAGAUUCUUUAUUUGAUGAACAAUCUCAUAGUUUGGAGUCCACUCAAAGCGAGCUUGAACAGUUACUUCAGGCAGAAAUUUCUGUAAGGAAAGAAUCGGAUUUAAAAUUAUUAAGAUAUCUUGAAGAAAAAUCCUCAAAUUUACGCUUAGAUAUCAUAAAUGAAGCUAAAAUCCGAUCUCAGACGUUUGAUAUUAUAAAAUCACAGGCACAAGACGAAAUUCCAGCAUUAGAAGAAACGAUAAGAAAAGAAAAAUUAGCAAGAGAAGGGAUUGAAGAAGCAUUGGAUAAUGAGUUGAAAGAAGAAAUUGAAAAAAUUGAAGGGGUUGUAGGAACUGAAAGAAAAGCAAGAGAAGAAACAGAAGAAGCUUUAUUAAGCAUGCUAAGAGAUGUUGUUGGAAGAAUGAGAACUGAGCUAGAUCAAGAAAGAAAAGACAGAGAACUCACUGAAGAAACCCUUUUAUCGUUACUAGAAGAUACCUGCGCCAAACUAAGCGCAUUGGCUCCACAAUAA